CACAGAAGUGCAGCAGUAAUUUAAAGGAGAAGCUCUGAUCAGCAUGUUUGUGUGUUUGCAGUGAGAAGAGAAUCCGUUAUGAUCAUUAUCUGAUUCCCUUCACUCUCUAUGAGUUGGGCUUACUGUCCAAACAACAGGGCGAUUACAUCAAAGCCACGCGAUACAUCGAAGAUGCCAAGUUAAAUUAUAAAGAUUAUUCCAUGGAGUCUCGACUUCAUUUCCGCAUUCACGCAGCUCUCAGCAGUCUGAAGAAUUCUCCCGCAAACUCGCCGUGAUGACGUGAGCACAUUCAUACGCGUGACACGAUGAGCUGAUCAUCACCGAUGACGCAGGAGAGCGCAGAAUGACAAGCACACAUCCUAACAGAACCAAACACCAAAGCAUCACAUGUGCUGUAGCCACUCACAGAAACAAGAGAGGAUUUCAUUUCAAACCAAACUCACUGUCCACAUUACCAUCUUCAUAUAGUACCUUAAACCUGACAAGACUUUCUUCUUGUUCUUUUAAACAUGGACGCCACCAAUCACACGGCUGAAACCCUCCCCGAUCUCCAAUCACAAAACAGCUGCUUUAAUGAAUGUAACCUUUUCCUUUCAAAGACCAAAUGUGUGUUUCUGUCAGCCGUGUGCGUGCGUGUGUUGAAGAGUUUGUUUUAUAGACUUUUGUUGCAUGCCUUUACACGUGAUGUUUACUGUUGUCUGGACUCGCAGCAGGUUUUUUACUAUCUAUAGUUCAAAGAUUAUUACAAAGCUGAUGUUUGAUUUGAUUAAAGUUGACAUUUAUUUGUGCUUUAAACAAUCCAAGAAGUUCAUUUGAAAGCAAUAAUGACCAGCCAGUAAUCAUGCUGUUAGUAGAGUUUUAUCAAUGCUGGUUUAUUUUACUGUAUUGAUUUUGAGGGUUGAUCAUAUGUACAGUAUUUAGUGCAUGAGGCUGUUUUUUCAUAUAUAUAUAUGUAUGUGUGUGUGUGUUCUUAUUUUCUUUGAAUUAUUACCAAAUACUUCAUUUAAUAAUCAAAUAUUUACCCAAACUGUUGGAAAGUGUAUGAAGUUCUGAGGUUCAGAAAUGAACCGCGUGUGUGCUUCAGGAGAUUCUUUUUGUUAUUUGAAGUAAACUUUCGUUUUUUUAUUCAGUAUUCACUACGACAAUAGAUCUAUAGGUUCUGUAAGAUGUUAACAGCUAAACGCAGGUUUAAAAUGAUUCAGACGGAGAAAUAAUGACUGAAAUAUAUUUAUGACAGAACAUGAAGAUAAAAUAAGUUUCACGUUUAAAAUGUUAUUAACAUGUAUAUUCCCACAAUAAAAUGAAAAAGUUAAAUCCUCACGUGUUUAUACAGUUUCAUCACUUCUGCUUUUCAUAUGACUACAUAAACGAUCAUAAUACAGAUGACACAAUUGUGAAAUCAUUUUAACAUAAAAACGAGCAGUUUGACAGAAAUGACCAGAAGUUAAUACUUCAUCAUAACUUUAAUAAAUCAUUAAUAAACAUCAGAUUUAAAUGUGGAUGAAACACUGUAAGAGAGUUUGUUCAUGUCGAAGACUUCCGUUCAGUCGCGAGGUCAAUAACAUCAAGUCAAGUUAAUGAUUUCAUCAACUCAAUCGUGUUUUAUUUACUGUUGUACUGAACCUGCUGAAGUUCAUCCACAUGAAACAUUUGAAGAAAUUCACGUGUUUCUUACGUUAAAGUGUACACCGUGUAGAACUUCUGAAGGUUCACCAAUGACAUGAGAAUGUAAAAUCCCUUUAGUUCCAAUUUAAAACAAAACAAUACAAUAACGCAGACACGAACACAUUAGAAUAAAAGAAUACAACACUAAAAUGAGAACCCUAAAGACAAGACACAAGUAUUGGACAAAAACAAGUGAUUGUAGAGAGCCUACAGAUCAGAACAACACACGAGAUAUUGAGUCAAGAGAUAAGAAAUAAACCAACAACAGACCUGCCUGCCUGCUGAAUCAUUGUGACGUAUUGACUUAUUCAUUCAGCGUCAAAUAUAAGAACAGUUAAAUCAUGCAAAAACAGAUGAUUGUGGUGGAGAGCCGAUGAAAACUUGUGUAGUUUAUUAUCACUGGACACACACUCAGUGUCUUUGAAGCACACAGCUGGAACACAACACAACAGUGAUGUUGACACACAGAUGUUUGACCUCUCUGAUCUGAUCUGUGGUCAGCAGUUCAUCAUUUCUCGCUCUCUCUCUCUCUCUGAAAAACUCUCUGAGAAAGCUGAGAUCACAGGAGUUAAAUCAGCAGAAGGACUGCAGAAUGAAGCUCAGCACUCGACUUCUCCUCACAGCUUUUCUCCUGAAGACUGCCAGUCUGGAGAACCCACCAAAUCAAGAGUCGCCUCCUCAGACACAGUCCGAUUCAAACCUUCAACAAAAACCCCUGUUACCAAAGAAACCACCUUUAGUACCUGUGCAACAGCCAAACCCGUCACGUGUCCCACAGCCAGCAACAACAAAACCCAGCAUUGACACCACACCUUCAAACGUCAAGCCUACACCAAAGUCAAACACAACCGACACAGACCCCAAACCUGAGGAGGGAUUCCUGGACCUGGCUCAGUGUCUGAAGAAGAAAUACACUCGCUUGUCAUGUGCUAAAGUCUUCUGUCCUCCGUGGAUGAGAUGUGUGUCGGGUGAUUGUGUGUGUAAGAUUCCUUACAAGUGUCCCAAGCUGCAGACCAAUGUGUGUGGACUGGACGGCUCAUCUUAUACCUCCAUGUGUCAGGCUCGAGCCAUCUCCUGUCGAUCUAAACAAGCCAUAUUCUCUCACUUCAAACCUCUCUGUCAGGAGAAGGAUCACAUGAGAGUAACACUGAAGGUCUCUGGGUCUCGUGAGGUGGUGGAGAUGAACACUGAGAUGGGAAAGAUGUUGGUUUGUGGGGGACUCUGGGAUAUGGCCGCAGCCAACGUCAUCUGUCAAAACACAAACCCCAAAGGAGCAGAGAAAGGAACUAAAGUGACAUACGACUCUCUGGUGAAAACCGUAAGCUGGCCGUCUCAGUGUGUGAACGUUCGGUGCACUGGAUCUGAGCUCUCAUUGGCUGAAUGUUCCAUCCAUAAACCCAAACCACUGAACGGCACUUCGGAGGUGGCCGUAGCGAACUGUUAUAAAGAACCUGCAGGUGAAUGUAAGAAGUUCCCAUGUGUGAAUGGAAAGUGUGUCGAUCAUAGCAGAACCUGUAACGGAGUGGACGACUGCGGUGAUAACAGCGAUGAGAUGUGCUGUCAACGUUGUCGAGGAGAUGCGUUUCGCUGUAGUUCAGGCGUGUGUAUUCCUCAGCAUGCGGUGAGAGAUCAAAUCAGAGAUUGUCUGGGAGGAGAAGAUGAAUCAGAGGAACUGUCCGUGCCGAAAAAACAACAGACAACAGACGACUUGCUUUCUGAUCCAAAGUCAGAGAUCAGAAGCAUCCGGACGGCGGCAGAGGGUCAGCUGCAGUGUGGUAUUCCUAACAUGGAUUAUGUGGACAGAACAGAAGACACCGCACCUCACCAGAGGAAGAAGCGUUUAGUGGGAGGAGAAGAGACCUUACCGACUCAGAUCCAGUGGCAGGUGGCCGUACAGGACGAGGGGACCAUCCACUGUGGGGGGGUUUAUUUGGGUGGAUGUUGGGUUUUGACCGCCGCCCACUGCGUCAGGCCCAAACCGAAAUCCUUCCGCAUCAAAAUCUCUCUGUGGCAGAAACAUCGCAGGCUGUCCACGACAGACAGUGUUCCAGUGAAAAAGAUCAUCAUUCAUCAUCAGUAUAACGCUCGGACGUAUGAGAACGACAUCGCUCUGAUGCAGCUGGAGCCGUUAAAUCUGGAGGAGAAAUGUAUGCAUGAUAAUCCUGCCGUCCGCUCCGUCUGCGUGCCCUGGUCGACAGAACUGUUCCAACCCAACGACACCUGCACCAUCUCCGGCUGGGGACGAAACAGAGAGGGUGUGUCCGCAUCGGUUCUUAAAUGGGCAAACGUGAGCAUCAUUAGUGACUGUGAGAAGUAUUACAAAAACCGCUUUCUCCCUGGGAUGGAGUGUGCAGGUGAUCUGGAGGGGAAAGUGGACUCGUGUCAGGGGGACUCGGGCGGGCCGCUGGUGUGUAAAGACGCGUCUGGUGUGUCAUAUGUCUGGGGUAUCGUGAGCUGGGGUGAUAAAUGCGGUGAAGCCAAUCAUCCCGGUGUUUACACUAAAGUGGCUCAUUAUUUCGAAUGGAUCCGCUUCCAGACGGGCUGGCCGGCGGUUACCAAAUAUAACCAGUAAACAUCACAAUAUUACUGCACAUUAGAUCAGUGUUUAUGAACACCAAUAAAACUGAGAUGAACCUUUGUCA